AUUAUUAUUAUUAUUAUUAUAAAUUAAACUACAACUCCCACGGUUCUCCAGGCGAGUUGAUGCAUGAUUGAUCCCGGAAGUGCUUUACCGGUUUUUUUUAAAUAAAAGUUGAGGUUCGAGAAGUCUUUUUUUUUUUUUUUUGGUCACAAAUCCGAAAAAUGGAUAAUUGUUGGAAAGACGAAAUCCGAGUCAGACUGCAGAAACGGGACGCGAGACAGAAAGAAAUCAGCAGCCUGGUGCAGAACUACAGUAAGCUGCAGGCGAGGCUGGCUCUGCGGGGCUCUCUAUGGGAGGAAAUCAGAGCCCAGCACAGGCCCGAGGGUAAUCAAGAGUCUGUGUUGAAGAAGUGGGUUGAAUUUCUGGAAGAGCCAAUCAGACUGCAGCUGGAGCUGCGGGAGAGCAGGCUGGCUCAAGAACAGCUCACUCGAAGCCUCUCUGAGCUCCACUCUGUUCUGCAGCUGAAGGAUGAAGCCAUCCAGUGCUGUCACUCACAACUGUCUCGUUGCCGUGGUGACGCAGUCUCUCUCUCACGCCGAGCGUCCGCUCUGGAGGCGGGGCUGUGUGAGAGAGAGGUGGAGCUUGAGCGCCUGUCAGUGGAGCACGCCGCACUGCGAUUGGCCCAUGCGGAGCUGGAGGCGGGACUCAGCCGGGCCGAGCGAGAGAACAGCAGACUACUGCAGCAGAUAGUGGAGGAGAAGAGAGGAGAGGCGGAGAGAAUGAAUGAACAGAACGAGAUACAGGAGAGGUGGUGUAAACUGGUAAUGAAACUACAAAGGAGACUGCAGUCAAAGCCAGCUCAGUGCUGCCCCCUGUCUGUGUGAAGCACCGCUCCCUGGAAACAGAAGAGCCCCACUGUGAGCAGGCUGAUCAGCGCUUCAUGACCUGAGCUGUGACGAGGGAAGGCUGAAGCCGGUCUUUCUGUUUUUAACUCUAUAAUAAAAUCUAAUUGUGUAUUGUAACAAAAUAAAUACUUUUGAAUUAUUUUG